UCUAGUAUCAUUUCAGAGAGAAGGAAGACUUGAAAGAAAAAGUAAAAAAAUACAAAUACAGAAAUUAUCUAAGAAAAAAUCAAUCUUUGAUUUAUUCACAAACCCUAAACUCUUCCUAUCAAAACCCUAACUCUCAUUUUCUUCAGCCUCCACCCUCUUCUGUCUCUACUACAUUAUCUUUUUCCUAAAAAUUACUACUCAAAAUAUCUGUAAAUCUGAUUUUAGUUAGGAACAGGAUGUUAAAUAGGUGUGUAGCAAAGAAAAGACGGUAUGCAGAGAUCUCAAAUGAAAAAAACCAAGAAGAAAUUAAAGUUUAUAAUUUUAAAGUUUUGUUACCAAAUGGUACCAGUGUUGGUUUAAGAUUGGAACAACCAGGUGAUCAGAUGCAUAUAAAUGAGUUUUUAGAGCUGGUAAGAGCUGAGCAUAAAAGAACUUUUAAAGAUUUUGAUUCUUCCAAAUCCAGAAGAAAGAUCUUUUGGAAUAGUGAAAGUGUUUACUUGGAAGAUGCUACUGGAUGUAAGAUUAGAUACAAGAUCUUGUUUUGUCAGUUCCUACCUAAAAUAUGCCAUUUCUUAAUACUUCAUGAUGGGCAGGAAAACAUGGCUUCAAGUUACGAGAAUAUGUGGGAUUUGACUUCCAGUACAAAUUUGUUAACGGAGCUUCCAGAAUCCUAUACAUUUGUGACCGCUCUUGCUGACUUGAUCGAUAAUUCAUUGCAAGCAGUAUGGUCAAAUAAUACUAAUGAGAGGAAAAUGAUUAGUGUGACUGUCGAUGAAGCUAGGAUUUCAAUAUUUGAUACUGGGCCGGGCAUGGACGAAACUGAAGAAAAUUCCAUAGCAAAGUGGGGGGAAAUGGGUGCAUCGCUUCAUAGGUUAUCCAAAAGACAAGCCGUAGGAGGAAAGCCUCCUUAUUUGAAGCCCUUUUUUGGUAUGUUCGGCUAUGGAGGACCUAUUGCCUCAAUGCAUAUAGGGAGGCAUACUGUGGUUUCAUCCAAGAGGAAAGAGUCAAAGAAAGUGUACCAUUUGCAUUUAAAGAGGGAGGCUUUGCUGCAUGGGUCUGGUGGAGCGAGCUGGAAGACCGGUGGUGGUUUAAGGGAUCCCUUGGAAGAUGAGAAAAAAUCUUCACCUCAUGGGAGUUUUACAAAGGUAGAGAUCUUUAAACCAAAACAAAGACCUAUGGAUGUUUUCAAACUCCAGUGCAGAUUAAAAGACAUAUACUUCCCAUAUAUUCAGUGUGACGAGCUUACAACAGGCAAGACUAGUAGGCCUGUUGAAUUUCAGGUGAAUGGUGAAGAUCUCGCUGAAAUCGAGGGUGGAGAGGUGGCUAUUACAAACUUGCAUUCAUGUAAUGGUCCUGAGUUUGUCCUCCAGGUUCAUUUAUUAGAUGAGCAAAGUGGCACUUUAAAAAGCCCAGGUUCAAGGGCAGUGGAAGCUAAUGCUAGGCUGAAAUGCGUCUAUUUUCCUGUUUCUGAGGGUAAAGAGACCUUUGAUAGAAUUUUGGAAAAAUUAGAAGAUGAAAGAUGUGUACUCACAGAAAACUUCAACAGUUUCUGUCGUGUAUCCAUUCGGCGGCUAGGUCGUCUUCUUCCAGAUGCUCGUUGGCCAAGGCUUCCUUUCAUGGAACUUAAACACAGAAAGGGAGAUAAGGCCCAAUUGUUAAAGAGAUGUUGCUUGAGAGUUAAAUGCUUCAUAGAUACUGAUGCCGGGUUCAAUCCUACUCCUUCUAAGACUGAUUUGGCGCAGCAUCAUCGAUUUACGACUGCCUUGAAGAACAUCGGUAGUAAGCUGCUUGAGAAAGAUGAUGGUGUUACUGUCGAGAUACGCAGGGAUCAAAGGUCACUGAGUCUUUCUCAAUUAGAGAAGGAGUACGAAGAUUGGAUAUUGCAAAUGCAUGAUGCAUAUGACAAGGAACUUAGUCGUGGUCAAGAUCCACCCAUUCUAGUGGUCAAUCCAUCCUAUAAAAAGGGACUUCGUAUCACUUCCGAAGUUGUAAGAGUGCACAAGUUCAUAAAAAGGAAAGGGGAAUCUUGGAAAGCUGGUGAUUUGCUCAAAAUUAUUCCCCUGAACAAGCAAAAAAUUAUUUAUGCAACUUUAGAGUUUAUCUUGCUAGAAGGAUUUCAAGGGGAUUCUGGUGGAGAGGCACACCUUAUAUGCAGGCCAAUUGAUCUCCCAGCUGACAAAGGCUGCUUGCUAGAUGUUGAUGGUGAAAAUUCCUGUUUAGAUGUUCAAGACUCAUUGUCGUUCCCCAUCAAUGUGAUCGACAGUGGGCAGUGUUCCAAGAUAGAUGCUGUUGAGUGGCAAUACCAACUUGACAGGUUGAAGCCAAAAGCUCCUUCCAGAAUUGACCUACUUAGUCCUCAACAGUGCCAGCAGCUGCAGAUUGAUGGAGCAUUACCUGUUGAAGCUCAUGUUUUAGCUGGGCAUGCUACUCCAGAGCAUAUUAUUGCAGUUAUUAGGCCUGCUAGUUUUACUUCAUCAGGUGCCUGCAAAACACUUGAGCAGAAGUUUAUACUGAAACAAGAUUUGGAGAUGUCAAUGGAAGUUAAAUGUAUCGCAACCUAUAAAAAUCUUUGUGAUGAGAAGCAUAUAUAUUCAGAACGUGUUAGACCUUCUUCAAAUGAAGGGUUUCAUGGUUUGUACAUCUUUUCACUGGGAUCAAAGUUUCCAGGACUUUUCAGUGCAGCUGGUGCUUAUACAUUUAAAUUCUCUGUAAUCUGUACAGGCUCAAGGGAGAUUAAUGGCGAGAGAAAAGUACUUGUGAAAUCACGUAAUAGUGCUUCACAGUGGAGAUUAACUGAUAAAAGUAGUCUGUCUCCAUGCAGUAUAAGGGUUGGUUCAUGUUUACCACCACUUGCCAUUGCGUGUUAUGACAAAUAUGAUAAUCACAUGCCAUUCAUGUCUAUCCCUGAAUUGGAUGUUGCAAUAAACAUGAAUGGAACUGCGAUUCUCCCCGUGGAAAAACUGAAGGUGGAGCUGUUAUCCAGUAACAUGAUUCUCCAAAUCUCGGAUAUUUUGAUUGAAAGCGGAGAGCUGGACAAGAUCCGCCCCCAGUAUGAAGCAUCUCUGGGGAUAAGUUGCUCACAUGAUAAACUGAUAUCUCUAGCAAUCCCAUUUCUUGUUUUCCCUGGAUCGCUGCAAUCUGUCAAGGCAUUUAUCCCUGAUCUAGAGAAACAGUGGCUUCCUGGAGAUGUAAUCAAGGAGAUGCUUUUAGAGAUGUACGAUAGUUAUGGUAAUCAUGUCCAGCAAGGGACUGAAGUUCUAUUAAGUCUGGAUGGAUUUUGCUUUCAAGAUAAUGCUGGUCCUAAGCGUAAGGUGGAUGCUGAAGGAUGUAUCAACCUUAAUGGAAUCUUGAAGGUCAUUGGGAGCUUUGGGAAAACUGUUUCAUUUUCUGUUGAGUAUGACGGACAACUGCUUUUAAGGAAUGAAAUUCAAAUUGGCGAAAGAGAGCUGAGAAUCCUGACAACACUACCUGACAAUUGUGCUGCUGGUUCACUACUAGAAAACAUCAUCUUUGAGGUUGUUGAUUCAAAUGGCACCGUCGAUGAAACCAUACAUGAUAUGAAAUUUGGCCAAUCACAUAUGCUGACAAUAACGUCAGUGUCCUCAGAAAAAAAUGAUUGCCUCCGAUUCAUGUUUAGCCAUGGGAGAUGUGUUGUGCCGUUUAUUUCUGUUCCUCGAGAACCAGGGAUUUUCAGCUUUGUGGCUGCCCAUUCUUGCUACCCGGAGCUCUUUGUUGUUUGUAAGGUAAAUGUUAUGCAAUACCCAAAGAUGGAGAUGAAUUUGGUUGAGCAUGAUACUGUGCCAUUCCAAAGUCCCGGUGGGAAAAUGGUAGCCUUUCAGGAGGAACCUGUCUCUGCUUUGUGGAAAUACAAUCUUGACGACAUGAAGAAAAAUGAAGAUGAUGUUAAAAGGAUUGGAUCACUGAUUAAAGUGCUGGAGAGUAAUCUGAAACUGCUGACAGAAGAGAAGGCAUCUACAGAAAAUGAAAUAUCUCAACUGCAAGAUUUGUAUAGGCAUCAAACAAAUAGCCAUAUGCACGACUUUGUGACUGAUAAAGAGGUUGUAAUCAAACAAAUUGAGAUGAACAAUACAGCUGCUUGUGUUUGGUGCAAUAUUCCAGCUGACAUUCAGUCUCAAGAGUUGCCAGAUGUAGUAGGCAUUGUUGCUCUCCUUGGGUCAGUUAGCACGGAAAGCCUCAGUAGGAUGUUAGCCAAAUAUCUGGGCAAAGAACUCAUGCUAGCAGUUGUGUGCAAGUCCUAUGCUGCUGCUCGUCGUCUUGAAAAGUAUGGUGAAGGCGGAGAAGUUGAUCGCUCUGACGGUCUACAUGUAGUGGCAGCUCAGCUUGGGAGGCCGAUAAAUUGCGGGUUUCUUGUUAUAUGCCUCGAGGACCUAUGUCCAUUCAGAGGAAAGUUUAAAAGCGAUGAAGAUCCACAGAAAAAGCUGUCCUUGGUAGAUCCGAUUUUGCCAACGGAUGAGAUCCCAUCUGGGUUCUUAGGGCAUGCAGUUAAUAUGGUCGACAUAGAAAUCCAACACUUGCAUACAAGGACAAAUAAAGGCUAUUAUCUUCGUGAGACGUUGUUCUAUCUUCUUUUUGGAGAGCUGCAGGUUUAUGGAACUAGAGAACAAAUGAACCAGGCACGUGCUUUCAUAAAGCAUGGGGCUAUUUCUCUGGAUGGGGGUAUUUUGAAAAGCAAUGGAAUCCUUUCGCUUGGCCCACAGAGGGAACCCGAAGUCAGAUUUCCAGUUGUAGCAUUUGAAGGUCAGCUACAGAUAGCUCCUAACAUCAAAGACAUUGCUAAGAAGAUAGAAAAGAAAAGGUUGGAAUUGGGAGAAAUUUCUGUUAAAUUUAAUAAGGUGUCUAAAGAACAUGGUAAGACAAAGAAGAGGUUGGGAAAGAAGAUGCAACAACUAGAAAGGCAGUAUAAUGAGUUAGGGACGUUGCUAAAAGAAUCUCUACUAGGUAGCAAUCGUGCAACGGACAACCCCAUACCAAGUGGAACUUCUGUAACAGACAACUGGGAAGAAGAGGAUUCCACCUAGGUGAUGCACCUUUCUAUGUUUACUAUUUUGUGUUUCUUGUAAAAAGAUAUGAAGAAACAGAAAGCUCAAGAGAUUAGGGGGAAAAUGGUUUACUUGUAAUUAAACAGCAUAUAAGCUUAGGGUAGCAACGCUGCUGUUGUAGAUGUCAGGGGUUAUGAUAUUUAUAGUCUGCAGUCUCCUACUGAAAUCUCGUCGAAGACCUCAGUUUUUGUAAGGGUAACAGCAGAAGUGUAAUUUAUGAAAGUGAAAGUGUAUAGCCUUUUGUGUUGAACAAUGUAAUUAGGUAUGGAAAGUUACUCCCGAAAAGUGUACUUACGUCAGAUUUAUACUCAAAUCUGAAAGCUACACGGUCAAGAACUUGAAGAUAUUUCAUCUGUUUCAAUGUUAUGAUGAUCUCCUGCCUUCGAUUCA